GUUGAAUCAAAUAUUUUAGCGAAAGUUGUGGAGUUUACGAAGUAUUGCAGUUGGUCUUGAAGUUAUUCAUAAAAAAGGAUUAAUUCAUCAUGAUUUUUAUUGUGGAAAUAUAUUAAGCGAUUUUGUUGAAUAUUCUUUCAUUACUGAUUUGGGAUUAUGUCAGCCGGCAAAUGUCAAACCCUCUCAAAAUAGCAAUAAAAAAAUAUAUGGAGUAUUACCUUAUGUAGCUCCAGAAGUUUUAAGAGGAAACGAAUAUACUCAAAAAAGUGAUAUUUAUGGAUAUGGGAUCCAUUGCAUAUGA